AUGCGCAUAGGCUUUCUGCUCGCGGCACUCCCGCUCCCACUGGCGGAACGCACGCGGUUCAUCGCAAAUGAGGGCCUGGAGUUCCCGCAGUCCUGCGAGAGCGGUCUCCUGGAGCUCAACGGGAUCUACGAGAUCUCGGCCAGAGUCAAGUUCGAGAAGAGCUGUACGCUCAGGGGAAGCCCCGGCACCUCGAUCGAGCUGGCACAACAGCUUCUGGUUUUGGGAGAUCUUACGCUGGAAGGCCACCUGCAAAUCACGGCUUCGGCGGAGAACGACGACACUUGCUUAGUCGUCCCUACCGGUAUCUUGACCAUUGCCACGGAUGAGCUCGUGAUAUCCAGGUGCACCAGCUUCGGAUCCAUCACUGCCCAGAAUCUGCACAUUCGCGGCCACAUGCAGAUUCUGGAUUCAUACAGUGCGCGUGAUGGUGGUGGUAUUCGUGUACUCGAGUCUGUUGUGCAGCACACUGGUAUCCUGACUUUUGCGAACUGCAGCUCGAAACGGUCUGGGGGCGCCGUCCACGUGCAAGGAAGCUAUGAGCAGCUGGGUGGAUCAGCCUCAUUCGUGAAUUGCACUUCAGGCGACGAGAGUGAUGUCGAGGCCGCAUCCCAAGACACGAAAACGGAUGGAGGUGGAGGACUGUCAGUCGGCGAGAUGUUUCGGCAGCAGGGGGGCGUGAUGAGAUUCGAAGCCUGCAGAUCCAUCUUCAAUGGAGGUGGACUCCAAGUCCGAGUGGGGAAACAGCCCAAGCUGUCGGUGAAGCUCCUGCAAGCGGGCCGGAUGUCCUUCAGCGCCUGUGCUGCCGGAAGGCGCGGCGGCGGCGCCUCCGUCAACGGCCCGGUGCAGCUGAAAGGCAGCAUGGUCUUCGACGCUUGCAAGGCUGGACUUGGACCUGGGGGCGGCUUGCACGUGUCGGACUUCAUGGAGCUCUCGGGCAGCCUGACGGCAACAUCUUGCUCUGCUGGUCUGGAGGAUGGGGGUGGCCUCCAUGUGGCCCACGGCCUGCGCCAGACAGCUGGCAGCAUGAGGUUCUACAACUGCUCGACCGUCAAGAAGGGGGGCGGCAUCAAAGUUGCUCGGGGCGGCAUGAAGUUGACCGGAGGCGACAGAAGCUUCGACAACUGUUCUGCUGGAGUGUCUGGUGGCGGCCUCUAUGUGCACUACGAAGGCGUGCAGUUGAUCGGCAGCAUCUCUUUCCGAAGCUGCAGUGCCAAGCGUGAGGGCGGCGCCGCAUUUGUGCAGUACGGUGGCUUCCAUCAGAGCUCGGAGGCAUUGCAGGAUAGCGUCUCUUGCCUCAACUGUUCGGCCGGCAGCCGCAGUGGUGCUCUCUACGUGGGCGGGAGUGCGAGCUUCUCAAGCCCCGUGCUCUUGUCACAGUGCCGGGACUCGUCCUCCACUCCCUUUGCGGUGGCUGGACCACUUGAGCUGCGCUAUGUCCACAUUUCAGAAAAGGGUGAGCAGCACGCUUGCAUCACCGCUGACGCGAUGAAUGUCUCGAAGGCGAACUGCACUUCCGCUGGCCAAUGCGAGUUCACCUCCAAGCAGCCCAAUGUGUCCCGCUUGCUGUGCAAGCAGGGACGAGGGCGAACAGACGAUGUGUCCCAAGGUUCCGUGAUUCCGGCACAUUCCAGCCGCCUUUCCCAGUCUCAUCCUGACUUGCUCAUAGUUCUUGCAUUCAGAAAGAUGUCGCUGUCACGAUGA